GUCAAUAUUUCGAAAUUUCCAACUUUUAAUUCAAAUGUAAACACAAAUAUCAUAUUUUGUUAGCAAACCUUUUCAAAUUAUCUAAGUUUUUUUCCUUUUUAUCAUAAUAAUAUCUUAUUUAACAUUAUGAAUGGAGAUAACGGUAUUUAUCAAAUAUUGGAUAGGAUUAAAAUGUAUUUAACUAUUUUCCAUUUCAAGUCCAAGGUAACUACAUGAGAUAUCUCGAAAGAGAAUUGCUCACUAAUCCGUAUACGGUUAAAUUUAUUUCCAUUUCUAAUGGCUGCCAAUAACGACCAUAGGAUCUGCAGAAUCCAAAAAUUGGGAAAUUUAGGGAGCGACAUUCAAAAUCUGCUGAGAGAAGCUGUGGAAGCGAGGUUAUCAUCAUACUCACCUUACAGUAAGUUUCAAGUUGGAGCAGCUGUCUUAGCAGAAGAUGGAACCGUAUACAGAGGAUGUAACAUAGAAAAUGCAUCAUUUCCUAUUGGAAUAUGUGCAGAGAAAACUGCAUUUGGAGCUGCAAUUUGUUCAGGAAGAAAGAAAUUCAAAGCUGUGGCAGUAAUAGCAAGCCAAGAAAAAGGAUAUACAACACCUUGCGGAGGCUGUCGACAAUUCAUGAGUGAAUUUGGAGAGGUGGACGUGUACAUUUCGAAACCUGAAUUGAAUGAUGUUCUAGUCACUACUCUGGGAAAUAUUUUACCUCUGAAGUUUGAGGUUUGUGAAGAUUAUUCUUUUUGAUGUUGAUAUAAUAAUUAUUACAAUGUCAUUAUGACUUGUUAGUUAAGUAUAUGAAUGGACAUUAUUUAUUAUAAUGGAUUUAAGUAGUGAAAUAUUCAUGAAUCAAUAUACCAUAUUGCUAUU